CGAGAGACAGACAGAGAGAGAGAAUGUGGAGGCGUACAGCUAUGCAAAGAGCGUGUCGUGGACUUACAUUGCCAUUACGCACCAUUACGCACUGACAGCUACUUUCAAGAGAAGAGCGCACGUCGCAGAGGAGCGGAAUUUUGGAUUUCUCGCAUAUACAAGAAGAAGACCUAAGUUUUUCAUUCAGCGGAACCGAUUGAUCUUCUGGGCACAGCUGCCAUUCAUCCGCACAGGAAUGGUGGAUCACUUGCCGCUUGGUGAGGAGACCUUCCUGUACUAUACCGGCUCCCCGGGUUCUGAAUACAGCUCCCUCUGUCACCACGCCAAUGGUGGCACGUUGCAAGGAGUCAUGGUAACUGACGCAUGCAUCUACGAUCAUCACCACCCCUACCAAGGGGUGACGCUCUCCUCAUCCCCUCGCCUCUCUGAGGAUGACCUCAGCGAUUCCUCCAGUCCUCGUUCCUCCCUCUGUUCCAGCCCCGAGGCCUCAUCGCCAAUGCUGCGGCACGUUCUCGGCUCCAGCUACGAAAGCAGGAGCAGCAGGAGCAGCAGUGGGAGCUGUAGUUCAUCAGGGGGAGAGAGUCAAGACAGCUUGCUGGACCUCCUCCUCUCACAGGCCUCCCUCACCAACUCAUUAGGCUCUAAUGGCAGCAGCGGCUCUCAUUCUUGUCCUCUAUCUUCCUCUCUAUCCUUGUCCUCCCCAACUUCUUCAUCCUCAUCUGCCCCUCUUUUACCCAUGGGCCUGGCCUGGGAGUCCAAGAGGGAGCAGCGGCUAAGCCUCCUCCAGCAGCACGCCAGGGAGGACUGUUACGAGUUCCCUGUCUUCUUGGAUGAACUGCAGGAUCCUGCAGCGCUCCUUUUUCAGCCCACCCUGGAAGAGAUUGAGGAGUUCUUGGAGGAGAACAUGACGGUGGCAGUGGAGAAAGAAGAGGAGGGGAGUGAUGAGGCAAUGUCACCAAUGUCAGAGGAUGCCGAAGCAAAAGGUUCAAGGACAUUAGCAGGGGAACUCGAAUUAGUUUCACAGAAUUCAGAUCAGACUGUACCUGUGGCUCAUUCUCCACCCUCCUCCUGCACAGAGACCAAACAUACACCAUGUGCAUCUGACAUGGACAGCUCACCAUCAGCAGUGGAUGUCAGUUGUACAUCUAGUUCUAGUUCAAUGAGUAGUGUUGAUGGGAUCAAACAGGAGGAUUGCGGCUCGCCGCCAGCCUCAUCAGAAGGUACCAGUACCUCCAGUGUGCCUGUCAUCUUACAAAUCCAGCCCAUACAGAUCAAACAAGAGCCCAGCCCUAGUGCCAUAUCAGACACAGUCACCCAGCAAACCCAACUCCCCAAAGCCCAGUCUCAGCCAACACAGGCUCCGUCGGAUAUCAAAAUCGCUCAGCUCCUGGUCAACAUCCAGGGGCAGACCUUUGCCUUGGUGCCUCAGCUACUUUCCACAACAAACAUUUCUGGCUCGAGCAAAAAUGGAAGCACCGGUUCACCCAAAUUUGUCCGGAUCGCACCGGUGCCCAUUGCCGCCAAACCCUCCGGGCUUGGGGAAGGGGGGUUAGGCACAGGUUCGACUGCAGUGGUCCUCGCUGGAGGCCAGAGGUACCAGAAGAGUGCUGUAGCAGACCUCAUUAAAAUGCACAAGUGCUCUUUUCCUGGGUGUAAUAAGAUGUACACCAAGAGCAGCCACCUUAAAGCCCAUCUGAGGAGGCACACAGGAGAGAAGCCCUUUGCCUGCACGUGGCCCGGCUGUGGAUGGAGGUUCUCCCGGUCCGAUGAGCUGUCCCGACACCGGCGCUCCCACUCAGGAGUGAAACCAUACCAGUGCAUCGUCUGCGAAAAGAAGUUUGCCCGCAGCGAUCACCUGUCGAAACACCUCAAAGUCCACCGCUUUCCACGAAGCAGCAGGACAGGACGCUCUGCAAACUGACUCUGCUGACCCCACUCUGACAGA